UUUUGGAAAAGUCCUCAGUUCUAUCAAAAUUUAAGAGGCUUUGUCCUGUUGCUGUCUUUGGGGUGUCUAAUGUACAUGGGACAUUACAAAAAAGACCUUUCCAGGCUUUAUGGCUGGAAAGAAAUAGAAGGAUUUUCAAAGAAGUUGAGAUUAUGGGAUAAAAUCAGAUAUUGGGUAGCAAUUUGAUCAUAUAAUGUAAACGAGUUUAAGGGCAUUUUGUUCGCUGACCUAGUUAGAGACUGGAAUUAGUUUUUGUAAUUUCCUUUGGUUUUUUGUUUGAUGUUGGCGUGUUUUGACUCACACUGUUCUUGUAUUAUUAUUUCCUUAUUAAUACAAGUUUUUGUUUCUUUAAAAAUAAAUAGAGCUGCUACAGUAUCUGGAAUCAUUGAUAUUGUUUCACUACAUUGAGCUAUAUCAUACUAGGUUGAGCGACACACUAGGGAAAUUGUUUGCAUAUAUAAGUAGAACAUGAGAUCAAACUACCAAUUAGUAUGUGUAAUUGUCUUGGUGGCAGCUUAUUUUUUUUCCUUUUUAAACUAUUUUCUAUCAUCUAAAAUUUAUUGAAAGCAUGAGAAGAGCUCUCUUCCUGGAAUAUACCUAGGUGAUGAACUCAUUUGCAGAGUUUUUUUCUUUAAAGUUGACUUGACACUGUGACACAUAUAUUUGAAUAUAUGUUUUAGUUAAUGUAUUGUGUAAACCUCAUAGAACUGAACAAGAUGAUGGUAAAUGGGUUAUCUUAGUUUCUCUGGUAAAUCAAUUUAUCAUUAGUGCUGGAGCUUCUAAAUUUAUUUUCAUUCAAGCAUUUAUGAAAUUAUAAGGUAAUUGCAUCUCUCUUCCCAGUCUGGUCUUAGUUUUUUAAAAUUUUAGCUGUCCUACAUCCCAAAUUUUUGAAACAUGGUCUCGGUUCUUGUUGUAUACUAAUUAAUUGAUUCUCAGCAUGCUUCAUGUCUUUUGUUUACUUGACAAUAUGGAAAUGUUAAUGAUUUUAGCCCAGCUUUUCUCUCAAGUGUUUUUUCUUUUUCUUUCCACGCUUGAGUAGGUUGCAGCACAAACUUUAGUCAAAUCAGUAGUCUAGUUUGCCUCUUUCUUCAGAUAUCUCUUUGAGCCAACAAUUUGGGACUAAGAAUAACAGUGUCUAUGUCACAAAAUCCUGGAUGACCGUUAAAGAGCCAAAUGGUGUAUGGAGUGACGAUAUUUUUACAGUUCAUGGUAUAUUGGAGCAUUUAAAUGUGACAAAGGACUAUUCUGAUUAUCUAUGGUAUAUAUCCAGAAUAUAUAUUUCAGACGAGGAUAUAUCAUUUUGGGAGGAGAAUAAUAUUGGUCCAGCAGUUAAAAUUGAUAGUAUGCGUGAUGUUUUGCGUGUAUUUGUCAAUGGCCAGCUUGAAGGCACUGUGAUAGGCCGUUGGGUGAAGGUUUUCCAGCCUGUACAUUUUGUCAAAGGAUAUAAUGAUCUAGUGUUCUUAUCUCAAACAGUUGGCCUGCAGAAUUAUGGUGCAUUCUUGGAGAAAGACAGAGCAGGGUUUAGAGGGAAAGUUAAACUUACUGGAUUUCAAAAUGGGGAUAUAGACCUUUCAAAGUCUUUAUGGACCUACCAGGUUGGGCUCAAGGGAGAAUUCUUGAAGAUAUAUGCUGCAGAAGAAAAUGAAAAGGCAGGGUGGACUGAUUUAACUCCAGAUGCUGAUCCAUCGAUAUUAAGAGAGUCGCCAUCUAUUUCAGUUCGGGAGUCACAAGAUGAUUCUUAGUUUAUUUACAUUAAUUUACUAAGGAAUGAACUUUAUGAAGUUUUUUUUAUUUUGGUAGGGGUAACCUUAAAAUGAUAACUUUAUGAUUUAUUUUAGUAUUGAACAUUAUAAAGAAUUUUAGCAUUAAACAUUUUAUUAUUGAA